AUGGGCCGCAUCCUUCAGAGCCUGCUGCUCCUGGCCGCAUCACGCAAUUUGCUGGCCGAUCAGAAUCCAGCGGAGGAGGGAAACCUCAGCCAUGUGCUGGUGUCAAACUCCACCGCAGCGGACGGCCUUAAGCGGAAGAGCAAAUACAUCGCUGCUGCAUUGAAGAACACAUCGAAGGAGAUGAUGGUCAACAGCAGCCAAGAUCGUUCUGCCCGGUCGUCUUCCGUCAUCCGCGUCAUCAACAAAUGCUACAAGGAGCCCAUUUGGAUUGCGCACUGCUGCAGCUACAACUACAAGCAGAAUGUGAAGAUUGAUGGAGGUGCUUCACACGACUUUCCGGCCUAUGCUGGGCUUCGAGGCUUUCGACUCUGGCCGAAGAUGAGGUGCAAUUCUGAUGGCAAUGGCUGCUACAUUGGUCAGAGUGGUGGUAGGGGCCAGCCAUGUGGCACUGAUGGCAACUGGCGCUGCCAACAGCAUGUGGACACCAAGUUCGAGGCAACUUUUGGAAGCCGUAGCGACUACUACGACAUGAGCAUGGUGGAUGGGUAUACGCUGCCAUUCCAGCUGAGGCUCCAGGGCUGCUCCAUUCCAGGAUUGGGCCGCUACUUGGAUUGCUCGGAUCUGACGCUCAACGCCUGCCCAGCCGCAAACAAGGAGUACUACAACGGAAAGCUGAUGGGCUGCCACGCACGGGGCCGCCCUGGGCAUGGCACGAGUGAGUACAUCCACUUAGUUCACAGGCUGUGUCCGAAGACCUAUGCCUUCGACCUGGACGACAGCAACGGAAAUCACAACUGUCCGCAUGGCACCACCUAUGAGCUCACCUUCUUGUGCCCUGAUGCAUAG